ACAAGCUUUAGUUUUCUCAACUAUUGCCAAAUGCACUUGUCCCCUUAGUUUCACUUGGCAGUUGAUAGCAAGCUCCGUGAGCUCCAUGAAGUUAAUUAAUCGCCAUGAAAACUAUUCUUAAGUUAUACCUUAGUUUUACCGUAAUCUUAGUUCUUUACACAGCAUACAACGUUUACAUGCUACAGCGUUAUUACUUUUCAUUAGGCCGAACAAGCUUGAUUGACGAAUGGCCAGAGGAUGAACUGGACUUGACGGACAACAUUUCGCCUUUUGAGGACACUGCUUUAAUUAAGCCCCAGGGUUUUUGUGGAGAGAAAACCUUUCUGCUAAUUAUUGUGGAGUCAAGUGUUAGUCACUAUCUAGCCCGACAGAAUAUACGGGCGACCUGGGGGAACUCAUCACGCUUCAACUAUCCAGAGUUCCGAAAGCUCCAUGGCCACCUGAAAGGAUCCUACUAUCCUCCACUCAAGAGUAGGCUACAUCUCUAUUCGAAAUACCUGUCUGGAAAAGAUGAGAGCCUCCGGGCUGCUGUGAGGGUGGUGUUUAUGAUCGGUCGAAAAAUGGAUAACGAAUCAUCGAGGCAACUUCGUGAAGAAGCGCAUCAGGACAAUGACAUCAUUCAGGAGGACUUCAUCGAUAGUUACAAAAAUCUAACGCUGAAAACUGUGUUGGCCCUGAAGCAUGUGACCAGCCGUUGCUCCAAAACCACCGCUUACGUGUUGAAGACGGAUGACGAUGCCUUCAUAAAUGUUCCCAAUCUUUUGCACAUUUUAUUGGGUGGCACAAUGCCGAGUCGGAAGAACCCACCUCGUCAAUUCCGACUAACAGCCACCAAGAAUGUGCUGUUGGGAAAGAAACUAAGCCGGGCCAAACCCAUCGUGAAUGUGGCCAACAAGUGGUACAUGCCCCACUACAUGUAUCCGAACGAAACCUAUCCAGCCUUCCUAGUCGGCGGAGGUUACCUGAUGUCCAUUGACGUGACCCAACGCUUGUAUGAAGCUGCCUGGUACACGACAGUAGUCCAUCUGGAGGAUGUAUUCAUCACAGGGCUUUGUGCCCGGAAUGCUAGAGUGGAGCGCAUGCAUAGCUCCCUCUUUUUCGUGUUUAAGUCAAAGGAGCUGUGUAAUUAUAAGGAUAGUAUAAUUAGGGUGAAACCAAAGGGUAUGAGUUUGCUCAGAGUGUUUGACUUCGUUACAAACUACAGUGUCAAGUGUCCACUGUCUCUCAAUGAUGUUACGCCAUCAUUGUCUUAAGAUAUCUGUCCUCACAACAUCUGUUAAUGUU